CACCCUUCCCUCACCCUCGCCCUCACCCCUCUCACCCUCACCCGUGCCUUGCCCUCACACACUGGCGGCGCUCAGAAGGCGGGGCUCCCUCAUUACGUUAUCAGAUACACAGUUGUCAGUCACAGGCGCAUGAAACAAGGAUACUGCUGUAGUGAUAAGAGAGUGGGUUGGUGAAUGAAUGAUGCGUGACCUGUACAAUGCUCUACCACUGCCCGAUGACCGACCAAUCACAUCUGUAUGUGUUGUGGAAGAGCUCUCAGGAUGCCCCCCAAAUUUCACUGCUGUGUCCAAGACCCACGACCAAGACAUAGAUGCAGACCUGUACAAGGAUGGGUUCUUCCGGCGGGUGACAAGGUACCUGUGCCACAGCAAGGUGGAUGGCUACAUGGGCUAUGUGGUGGAGCAGCUGGCCAUUGUCAACGACAGGGACUCGCGCCCCACAGGAUACACCAUCGUGGAGCAAACCUUUGACACCAGUCAGAAAGCCUUCAAAAAGAAGCAGCUUUGCUUCAAGCAGGUGCCUCAGAGCAUGGCAUCACAAACCAUCACCGACAUAAUCAUCCUCAGCCGCUCCAAGAUGGCUCCGGAGGGCUUCUCCCUUGUGGGCGAGAUGAAUGGCUUGUGCAUCUGUGUCAAGUGUGGCCCAGCACCAGCCUCCAGUAGCUACAAUAAACCCGGGGGGCAGCCAGCCUCUUCCUCACUUCCUUACGGGAUGGAUCCCCGGGGAGGAGGGAGCACGGGGGGUGGUGGUGGUGGUGGGGGAGGAGGGAGAAUCUACCCUGGUCUGAUGCCAGCCAGGCCAGCACCAGAGCUGCCUCCACCCAUCGGCAGUUCAGGCCCUGGUCGGCCCCAGGGUCUUCCUCCCCCACUACCUCCUCGGGUCCUGAGGCAUCCCGCCCCUCACUCCCCUUCUCCUACCCACCACGCAACAGCCCACACAGAUACCAGCACCCUCUAUGGCCCAGGACAGUCAGCUCUGUUUGGGGUGCCGUUUGUGCUCAAUAAGAAGUAUGUAAAGUCUGGUGACAGUAGCUCUGCCCAUAUCCCAACCUUCAGUAAAAAGAGCAGACAACAGAUUGAGGAUGAGUUCUACUACAGCUUCACACUGGAACAAGACAUUGUGCAACGACCUACCGCUACCUGAGGCGCCUCCUUCCUACUUCCUUCUGCAGCCUGCACUAGUUCUCCACAACGUACACCACUUUGCUGCUCCGUUAUUGGUGAAAUACUCUCACUUUUUACAGUACUUCUUAAAAUGAGCCAGUGCAUCAGUGGCAAAUUUCUUAGGAUCAUUUUUAUUUUUAAUUGAUUAAUGAUUAAAAAGCAAUGUCAGUCAAUCCCAUCUAUCCUUAUUGCUUUUAUUUAAUCAUAUAGUUAAUUUUGCUGCGUUUCAGUGUGAAGCUUAUCCUUGUUCGGCUAGUAACACUUGUGUCCCUGUCUGCUGCACCAGUGUUAGGCUCGUGUAGCCUCACAUAUUGUUGCCAAAAAGCACUUCACAAAGGGACAUGAAUGAGAAAUAGCUGAGAACAGAUUUUCAGUCAAGAUUAAGCUCUUCUGUUUUUAUUAGCAUCAUUAUAAAAUGGUGUGUGUAUUUGAUACCGAAAAUACGGUGGAGCUGUGAUUGUGCCAGACUGAUUAGCGCACCCUUUAAGUAUGACUGGUGUAGUUGAUUCUGGCUCAUGUGACACGCAGGUGAAUGAAGAUUACUAGCAUUGAGACUGCCAAAUGUAUAGGAAGGUAAUUGUGCCAUGUUAAGGCCAUUUCUUUGUUUUAGUUUAUGGGAAGCCAUACCACAGCUUGAAAUUAGUGCCUAAGCAUUGUGCAAGAAGCUUGCUUUUUGUGGCACAUUUGAUUUAGUAUUAUUAUUUAUAACUGGUAGGUCAGGUUGCAUUUACCACCAUUUGGGGCAUCUUAUUUUCUUGGUGGCAACUUUCACUAAUAAAAUGAUAGUAAGCUGUACAUUUAUAUGCUUUUCUAUCUAGGUGUGUCCAGAGGAAAGAGACCUGACAGACAGUGUGAUUCAGGUUGUUGUUGUGCCAAACACAACAUGAGAAUUAAUCUUCAUUGUAAUACGUCAAGCCUUCCUAACUUCAAGAAUUUAGUGCUUUUUAUUCCUUACUGUAAAAAAAAUAGCCAGUUUACCUCUUGUAGGGCGGUCAAAUCACAGAAUGUCUACGUUUCUUUCCUUUCAUUUUAAAUCAUAAGCCAGUGCAGGGCAGCAGCUCCGCUUUGUUUCGCCACUGCACAUAUUCCGUGAUUAAGUUGGCCAUUUUCACAAUUGCAAGACCCUCAGGAAGGAGCAAUAUCAUAUAUCUUAAAUAAAGAUGAUAGGUUGAAGCUGGAUGUAUCAGACACAGAGUUUGUGAAAGGAGUGUUUAAUGUUGCAGUAGUAGGAAAAGUAAGGACGAGAGACAAGUAAAUUUAAAGGGAAUGGGAGGAAGAAACUGGCAAGGGAGAGAUUGAAUGACCCUGGUAGAGAUGUAGUUGUGGAGUAGAUGUUGUGGAUAUGCAAUUCAGCGUGGGAGCAGAUUGAAGUACUGGAAAACAGGAGACAGGCCAUCUUUGUGCCACUGUGCAAAGGAAAGGCUAAUAGGGACUGUAACAGCUAUUGGGAAAGAAUUUACUCAGUGGGGGUUUUAGGGAAGGGAGGGGAUGUGUGGAUCAAAUUUUUUCAGCUGUAAAGUUCCUGGAGAAGGAUUGGAAGCUUUUUGUUUCUUUGAUGAACCUGGAAAUGAGCUGUAUGAGAUGUGCACUUCGUGUGUCAGGAUGGGAUAAAAUUAAUUAAAUGUAUAUACGAGAGGUGUGCUGUGGGUGCAACUGUGGAGUGGCUGAAUGGAUAAAGUGUGGUGCCCUAAGAGGGUUUGGGUGAUGAGAAUGGCUUUGUGAAGAGAGUAUUUGAGAGUGUCAGGGGAAGACUACUAGUGAAAUGGAUCAAUACAGUGGAUGAGUAUUGCAUAGAAAGAGGUGACAGGGAAGGGAUUAAAUGGGCUGCAAGGGGUUGCUGGAACAGGGAAAGUUGGAGGAGCUUGUGUGGCCACCCUCUUCAGGAAAGUUACUGUAAAGGAACAGGGCAUAGGAGAUAUAAAUAGUAAAUUAGUAGUCAUAGGUUUCAUAUUUGUAUGCAUGUAAACUGACAUUAUACUUGAUCUGGUGACUAUUCCAGUUUUGUUUAAACAUUUGGUUUUGUAGAAACUUUGGGGUAACUAAAAAGAUAAUUUGGGAAGCUGUAAAAAUCUGUUCUGCACGUUAUGUCAUUGUAGCUUAGGUUCCUGCUUUGCAGUGCAGGAGGAGCACAAAGGAAAAUGAUCAAAAUAUGCAAUAGGAAUAAAUUGUCAGAAUUUUGUAUGAAGUCAAGGGCUGAACUAACAUAUUUUAGUUCUCAUAAUUCCAUGCACUAUUAAAGUAAUUCAGUUUUUGUCAAAACAGGAUCAUGUCCAUUCCUUGCUUGGUAAGACCAACAGAUAUAAAUGUUUCAUUCUUAUCAUUGACCUCCAACUAACUAAAUGCUCUAGUUCACAAUGAGUAUCAAGAAAUUGGACAUGGAAAAAGUCAGCUGUAACAUGAAGAGACUGAGGGGAAUCUUUAGCAAGGCCGCCUUGUAUAUUGUCUCUGAAGGAAGUAGUGCAAUCCUACCUCUGCAAGAAAGAGUGGUUAUAAUAGUAGAGUUUUAUUUGAAAUAUUAAUGAAAUUUUUAAAGAUAAUGGAAAAUGCAAGCAGGUGACUGUACUACAAAACCAUAGUUCCUUUUUAUACGUUCCCUUUUCACUAGACCAGCAUCAUCUCUAAACUUUUCCUAUCCUGUAAUCAUCAGCCCUGUCAGCCGAUCUUCAUUGUGAUCUCUCAGUCACCUCAUACCUUUUUUUCACAUGUAUUCUAGGCAGCAACAACCCUGUUCCUCCAGUACAGGAUUAAUUGCUGUACAGGCUUUAACUUUUCAUUGUGUCACUGGAGACUAGUUACUCCAAUGCACAUUAAUAUAAUUUGAUGGGGGAGCCACACACCAUACUAGAGAUAACAGUAAGCUUGCAGUGAUAGGUCAAUACAUAAUCGCAAACUGGGUUGCAUUAAGUUUUAAGACCAUUCUUCUGGUAGUGUGCCUCCUUCAAACAUUGCUGGGCUGCUUUACAAUAGUAGGCAGUCACUCCCCAAGUAGUGCAGUUCAUACUAACAUCAGGGGCUUACUGUGAAGUUAGUGGGGCAGCUGCUGUUCUACUUGUCUAUUUACCAUAACAUUAAGGUCUUGUCUUACAUUUGUUGCCAAUUACUUGCAUACAAAUAUAUAACAAUGAUGGGUGAAAUAUAUAACAAUGAUGGGUGAAAUAUAUAACAAUGAUGGGUGAUGUAAGUGCAUUCGUACAUCAUAUUAUGUUUGUGAAACGUGAAACUGAUGAUUCAAAUUAGAAUGCCUUUGUUUGAGACUAAUGUGACAUGUAGUCCUCAUCCUUGCCCUGAUGGCCAUACCUUUCUCUCCUGAUAAAGAUUUUCUGCAGUUAUAUUUUGACUACUAUUAAGAUUUACAAUGUAUUAUUUGUAAACAAUACUGAAGGCUUGUCAGGUUACAAAUACUUAACUGAUAGGAUACCAUAGAAACUCAACAUUACAAAGAAUUAUAUGAACUAUUCAACUUGUAUAUUGGACCUUUAGGUCAUUUUGCAGCACAGAAACUAGAAAGCUAGGCACUAAUGAACAAAGUCUAUCUGUGCAAAACAAUACCAUAAAAGACUGGACUAUGGACAGUUUUCCUCAGCUUUUGUUAAAUGAAAAAAAAAAGCAUGAAAGUUUAUACUAAUUUUCACUGUGUGUGUGUGUGUGUGUGUGUGUGUGUGUGUGUGUGCAUGUAUAUUACUUCCAGCACCAUCCUAUUCUCAGAGCACUAUCAAAAUCCACUGAAUGUUUGGUGAUUUACCUGCACUGGUAGGAGCUCCUCAUGCACAUCCACCCUUUAGGUUGGUGACUAUCGUUCCUGCCUGUAGUUCUGGGGUGGCGUCAUGACGCAUGCCUGAGAUCAAGCUGUGUAAUGACCGAUUCCUUGUUGUGGUGUGAUGUGUUUUAUUUGACACUUAUGGUAUGUGUGCAAGAAUGAGUGAAAUGAAUGCAUUUCAAUUAUAUGUAUUAACUACUUAAAAGGGAAAUGUGCAUAAGGAAAUUAAAGAAAAAAAAUGAGUUAUAUUUGUUUAUAUAGAAAAGGCAUUUUAGUUAUUCUCCUAUUAUAAUAUCUACUAUUUCUGAUAGGGAACCUUUAACAAAGGUGCCAUUUAUGUGGCUCAGUCAUAGUGAUAAAAGGAAAUUUAUCAAACUGUUUAAAAGUUACAUUAUGGUGCUUGUAUUUAUUAUUAUUAUUAUUAUUAUUAUUAUUAUUAUUAUUAUUAUUAUUAUCAAUGCCAUUUUUAAUUUAAUUUCUGCUAAGUACUCCCACUGCUUGAACCACAGGCAAAAUGUGCAAUCCACUGUAUGCUGCAUCUUGGCAAUUUUCACUCCAUACCCCGUGAUGGUGCCAACGUUUUACCGGUUGUGGAACUAAUGUUAGGUCUCAAAAUAAUUCAGCUUUAUCUCUGUUCCAUUUUCACUAAGAGAAGCAGCUCUGGGACAAGCAAAAUUGUAAUUAUGGAAAGUGAUGCUUGAGAAUAUGCAGAACUGUAUGAUGCCUUUGAACAUCAACUUUCCAAGCCUGUCAGCAACCAAUAAUAUCCCAGCAUUUCAUGUUCAUCUGCAUUGCAGGGUGUGCUUGCCAGCUUGUACAUAUCUUUCUAAUUAUUACUCUUGCUAAGAAAAAUCUGCUUUGGAAAGCUGAGCAGAGAUACAAAAGUAACUAUUGUCAAAAUAAUGUAUAUGAAUCUUUAUUUAGACAAGAGUUCAUUGUAAUAACAAAUCUGAAUUUCCUAGUUACAGUUUUCAUGAUAACAAUACAACUAGAGGUUGUAUGUACAAACUGAUGGACAUAUCCAAGAUGCAAGUUUGUUAGAGAUUCACUGCAGCUUAUACCAAUCCCAAGAAGGACUCCUGCAAAGACUAUUGACCCAAUGACUGGCUGGUACUCCGCAAUUAAGAAAUGUAAAAUGUGGGGAGGAUCUCCACCUUAGUGUUGACAUUUAUGAACUGGGUACUUGGUCAUUAUAGAGCAUCUGUUGGCAUCAUCAGGGUCACCAAUCUUGUUCUGCCAACUAUCCUGUAAUCUUUGCCGAGUUGAUGGAGGUUCUUGUGAUGGCUCUCAAAGCAGUUUAUGGGAAAGCAAAGCCACUGGGGGACUUUAGCUAAAACUAAGGUCCAUAUGUUUGAAGACUUGUGGAAAGAAACUGUACAAGCUACUUGUGUAUGUGGAGUUUACAUACCUUAGUAGUGUAGUGCACAAAAGUGGUGGGUUAGGUGGGUGUUAUGGACUCGAUCAGCAUGUCUAUGACGACAGCUGGUACACCUGCACAUAAAGACAAAGAUUUGGAUAGUUUAAGUCACUUGUUCCUGUUUUUGGUACAUUGUUUGAUACAUGGACACUGAACAGUGGUAUGCAGAAGCAAAUUGAUGCCUUUGGUGAUGAGUUCCUUUGCAGAAUUGUGGUUCAUCCCUGAAGUGACAUGUCAGACCAACGAAUACUCACGGGGCUGUUAAAACUAUGGGCAUUUCCCCAGUCAGUCACAUCCUUAAGAGACCGUACUAAGUGAAGGAAAGUAAGGGGAUGCUGACAAAGCUCAUGACUAAAGAAAGUUCAUCAAUCCUUGCCUGGGUAAUGAAGGUAACAUUUAUGGGGGAGUGGGAAAAUUCACUGAAGGCAUGUGGUUAAGAUCAUCUGCAGUGGUGUUAUUCUUGUCAAUAAUUCCACUUUGUUUCAGUUAAGAACAUUUUUAUAUUUAUGGUAUGAAUUGUUUGUAGUAAGGUCAUGAUGUGAGGUGUGAGGUCAGUACCCCCACCCUCCAGAGUGCAACUACUGCCAUGAGUGUGUGAUUCCGAGUUUCCUGCAGGGAGGGUUUGAAUUAACAGUAUUACUGCUGCUCAAUGUAAAAGUCAUACCUUUGCUCCUUUAUUAUGUCCAUUUAAAGCAUUAAAGAGCUAAGCUUUAAUAAAGAAUAUCAAUAAUGUGUAAUAAAUUCAUAUUUUGAAUUGACUGAGAUUCAGUUACAGCAUAUGAACAUUUAAGAAUCAUGCACUGCCAGCUCAUAACUUCAGUUUAAGGAUUUUUUCCCAUUCCACCAAACUAUUGUGUAUCAGUAAAUGCACCCUUGCCAACUUCCUGUUGCUCUGGUACCCAGCCAGCCUAUCAUUGAGAUGAUCAAGUGUGAGGAUUAUUUUUUGUAAUAAGCUUUGAAAUUUAUUAGUUAACAUGUUGAAGUUCUCUGUUCUGAGGAUUGUUUUAUGCAGGUUGCUUAAAAUAGGAAACUGGUAAUCAGAGAUGUUACUUUUUUCCUGAUAUCCUGGUGUAAAGUACCUUGGAAAGCUGCUUGCAGUGAAUAAUUACAUUUGUGCAACCAGCUUUCAUAUGUGGGUUCAAUGGUUAACACUGGAAAGGCUGGGAAAGUGGCCUACAUGGGAGGGUUAAUAUUUAGGGAUACCGUGCAAAUGCAGUGUGUUGAGGAGUGAGUGUCUCCCCUUGUAAAAAACUCCUUGUGAGAUGAGAGUAAGAUUUUACAUCCAUUGAAUAUAGUACCAUACAAGGGGUUGUAGGAAUCACGAGAUAACAAAUGCACAUAUACUCUAUUAAUUUUGUUAGGUGCCCAUUAUUCAUGUGCCUGUUGACUAAAUAUAGAAUAUUUAACAACUUUUGUAGACUGACCUCCUCAGUUGAUGGAAUAAAACACAAUGCUGAACCACUAAGGAACUACAGAGUUUAGUUCUUAUCACACCAAGGAUGAUUUUCAGCUAAUACUCAAGUGUUCUUUUUGUUUUGCAUGAUCCGAGGUAACAACAUCUAUAGGCUGGUCAGGGGCCUUAGUGGUGACUGCAUUGGGGGCCUGUCUUUCCCUGGGCUGAGGGGGAGUUUGUUCGUUUGCACUGUUAUUAAAUGUUUCCUGUUCAUCCCCUUCACUCCAAAGGUAGUCAUUCAGUACUAUUCCCCUACACUCACUGUCACCCAUCUGUGCUCCAUCAUGUCCUCCUCUGCUCAUCCUCACUCUUUUCUCAUCUGUCCCAUUUAUAUUUAUCAUCCAAAUCCAGCCCUUUGGUGUAUCUUAACUCCCCACCCUCUACCUUCCUAGUCCUCCAAUAAUGUAUAGUUGUUAUAUUUUAUCAUGUAACAUGUGAAUAAUUAAAGUAUAAGCAAUCUUUUCAGAAUGAAACAUUUAUUAUAAUGUAAGGCAUGUACAUAAAUUGUAAAUAAAAUAAGAUAUAAAAACA